AUGUCCAAUAUUAAUGAGCACCGGGAGCUAAAUAAUAUGGAUACACCAACUACUACUACCACUACUACAACUAGUGGUAGUGAUGUUCAACUAACUGAAGGCACUAUUAUUACUAUUAGCCGUUUGAUUAGGGAUUAUGGAUCACCAAUGGACGCACCGCCACCUUAUAGUCCUAUAGAUACUAAUAAUAGUCUGGUUAUUGAUGGUGGACAGGGAGCUAGUGGUGGUGGCGGUGGUAGUGUUAAAUGUCAAGUUUGCUUCAAUUUGAUAUCCAUACCAUCCAUAAGCAGCCGCGAUGAUGAUGAUGACGACUAUCAACCCGUCAACGACCGUACUGUUAGAUGUAACUAUUGUAAUGAGGAAACGCCCAUCAAAGCACCGCCCGUCGGAAUGUGUUACUACCGGUGCCCGCAGUGUCACUGUCUAUUGAAACACUCGGCCCGUGCCUUACGUUUACGAUGCACUCGUCCUACUUGUAAUAAAUGGCAUACCCUUAACAACAACAACAAUAGUGGUCAUCAGUCAACAACAUCAGCUGCAGCACCUGUACCAUCAUCAUCAUCGACAACAACAACAACAAGCAAUUACUAUAGUACUAUACCCAGAUCAUCGGCCAGGGAACUAAAUAGAUGGUUGGCUGAUCCUCAAUCGGCGUCACCUAAAUCAUCAUCAAUAUGCACGACAAGGACCAAUAUAAUAAAAUUAAACUAA